GUUGCUUUCAUCGCAGCGGAGGCUUCGUGCCCGCACGACGAGUGCCCGGCACAGAGUGAAGCCCUGAUCCAGCACCACGUGACGCAGCAGAAGGUCCAGACCACUGGGUACGAGAUUGGAGGAGACAACACCCAGAGCUGCGGCCCUGACCGCGUGCGCCUUGAGUCGCCCGAAGAGUGCGAGGAGGCUGCUGGCGCCUUGGGCAAGACUUUCGGCUACACAGGCUCAUAUGCUGGCUGGCCGAGGUACUGCUUCAUGUACCGGGAUCUCUUCUACUUCAACAACAAUGCGGUUUCGUCUUCAUCCCGGGAUGACGCCCGGCUGAUUUGCGAGCGCAUCGAGGCGACCACGACAACGACCACCACCAGCAUCGACCACCCGAAUGUCGUGAGCUACGAGCUCGGCCUCCCGGGUGCCAUGGAUUGCGCGGUGGGCCACGUGGUCUCCACUCACAUCGAGUGCGCCUCAAGUGCCGUGACCCUGGCGCUCGGCAUCAGCUUCUCGAACGCGAUCCAGACGCACGAGGUUCCGUCCGGCUGCAUCUACAACUCUCGUACCCAUGCCCGGUUCUUCAACUCCUUCCAGGGUGGCAAUGUCGAUGCUGACUACUACCCAGUGUGCAAGACCGAGACCAACCCGGUGAUCAUCAACUUCAACCAGGGCGAGUACGACACGAACGUGUGCGGCUCCGGGCAGCCCAUCGAGGAUGAAGAGCUUUGCCGAGAGGCAGCUGCACACUUUGGCGAGGUCUUCUCCACCUCCGGUUCCUACUCGGGCUACCCACAAGGGUGCUUCAAGUUCCUGAACGGCGACGUCUACUUCAAUCGCCACGAGGGAAACCACCCCAGCCCCAACGCAGCCCCGAUCUGCGUAGGGUGA